UAUUAUAAGCUAAUCUGUUGCAAUGUCCAGGAUGUGUGAUGGCAGAAAGGGAAAUAGUUACAGUGAGUAAAACCACAGGAACCUCCCCUUAGAAACAGGGUUAAAAACAUGUUUUUAGGAGAACUUUAAUUUAUUUUUCAGCUAGUUGCUGAUAGCUGUGGUUUUAGCAGUCUCAGUUGACCUUUUAAAACUUUUCAUUGGCAAUUCCAAGAAAACGAUGCCGAUUGGUAUAUUAAUUACAAUAUCUUACUUUGUUCACUUUUCAGCUAGCAGUAGGCCAGAGCUCUCAGUUGUGCAAUAUCCUGAAGAUGCCAGUGUGCUCACUAACUCCACAACCUGGAUGCUGUGUGUCUUUGAAUACCACAAUGACAAGAACGAGGAGCCAGUUGUGUACUGGAGAAAAGGCCCCAGUUGCAACAACCAGCAGAGUCUUCGGUCAAGCUCAGGCACCAGCAGACCACAAAUACACAUUACAAAGGAUGUGUUCAGGGGAUACUCCAUCUUAAAACUCAGCAAUGUUGACCAAAAUGCCAGCAACUUUUAUUUCUGUGAUGUGACGCUAACCCAGAAAGCUCAGAACAAAUGUGGAAAUGGCACCAAGCUGACAGUACAAGAUUUCAAAUGUAAAGACUGUACAAGAUCAGAAAUGACAUGGUGGUGGUGGUUCCUUCUUGGAUAUGCCAUCUUUGUCACCACAGUUAUCAUGGCUUUUGGUAUUUACCAGUGCUGUAAAAAGUUCAAGACUGAGUCAAGAAAUACAGAUAGCAGCGCUACCCUGAAAAGUGAAUGGAUUUAUGACAAGCCAUCCAGACCAGUUAAUAAUGGGUGUAACCAAGAAUAUGAAGAUAUGUCACUAGUAAGAACUUCAGUCACAUUAAAAGGAAAAUGAUAUGAAAAAUAAACCAUACAGUUGUAACUGUAAAGAUGUAAGCAUCUGUGAUAUGUACUACGUUGAAAUGCAGAAGAAAUAUAUACAUAAGUCACUUCAUUAGCUUGGAAUCUUCCUUGUUCAAGAUUUUUUUUCAUUUGUUCAUGUAUUUAUUUCAAACUAAUGAAAUAAUUCAAAACUAAUGACGGUCUAUACAUCUACAGAUACAGUGAGCUUUACUGUACACAGCUAGCAUCAAAAUACUGUAAAAGUUAAAGAUAUUCAAACUUCUUUUUAAUGCCAACAAGUCUGGCCACACAUUCCGAUAUUUUUUUUCCAUUUCAAACAAAAAGACACAAAAGUUGGAAUUUUGCUUUUUCCUUGGGUUGAUACAGUUUCUUUGCUUUACAACAGCAAUGGCAAAUUCUGUAAUAUAGUAUCUGUCCACUGUAGUGAUAGAUUGUGAUGAAUUUAGAGUUUAUCAUAGAGAAAUUUUUCAAGUGCUUUUUUGAUCUUAUUUCUAACUCCUUACACAACCCCAUGUUUAUAAAUCCUGCAAAUUCUUCCACACUUAGUUUUGUAGCCACCUAUGCCACUCACAUAGUGCACUUCGGGUACAUGCAUCUCCCAACAGAAUGAAAAUACUGAAUGUAUUUUUAAAAGUUUUAAUUUCUGAAGAAAAAUAUAAUCGCUUCUGUUGUAGGGCUUGUCUUUGCUGACCAUGUGCAAUACCUAAGAUUAUAAGAUAAACUAUUUGCAUAAAUAAGUGUCUUUUAAACUUGUUUGAAUUAGAAUACUUUGGAAUUCAUGUAAAUAACAAUAAUAGAAUUAAGCUACAUAGAAAGAGCUUAUUAUAAUUUGUGUAUUAAUUAGGUACUUGAGGAAGGAGUGCCAUGGAAUACUUAUGUAUGUGUUGACUUGAAAUUAAUAUUUUGACAAAUUACAUAAAUUGUUGAAAAUAGAUUUUAUUUUUUCCCCUCAAUCAAAUAUUGCAAGCUGAAUAUUGUGAUUCAUAUUUGCUUACCACUGAAACUACACUGUGUGAAAGGAAAAGGUUUAUAGAAUAAAAUGUCAGAGAUUAUGGCCUUACACAUUAAUUAUGCAGUAAUUAUAAAAAGUGAGUAAACUCUUUUUACUCAAGGUGGGGGGGAGACCAAUAAGUCGCAGUUGAUACUCAAAACUGUAUUUUAAGAAGUGGAUACACAUUGCUAACAAAGUUCAGCUUAAACUUCAUCACUGGUGUUUUUUUCUAAAAUAUUUCCCUAUUCAAUCACCAAAGAUACCAAUUACAAUCAUUUUCAUUUUCAUUUAAGAAAUUCAUCUUACUAUUUGAAUCCUUUUGGUAAAGCUGUUUGAUACACUUAGAUAAACGUGACUUACAGAGGGACAGGCAGACUAUGCUUGAGCAUAGUCCAACCUUUAAACUAGUACUAAAGUCUACCACUAAAUCAUGGUAGACAGCAGGAACUAAAUAAGUCUUCCCCACUCCUCUACCCAAACAGGCAUAGAUAUAUAAAUUUCCAGAUUCAGGAACACAAAUUCUAAUUGUGGAUGUAAAUAUUUGUGUAUAUUUUCCAGAGGAAUUAGCUCUUCAGAAGCACCUCAAAUUUCAUAUUUUAAGAAUCUUUAAAAAUAAAAUCCUUGCUGUACAUAA